AUGGUUAUGACAACAGAGUGCAUUUUCAAUCUCACUAAAGACCAAGUCAACACCUUAAAACUACAAGUAACAUCUCAAGCAAUAACAAAGUACAAUCCAAGUAGAUUUGAGGUUCAAGCUGGACACCUAUGGCGCACUGUAUGCAUGGCACGUGGAUUAGCAUAUGAUCAACAAGUCAAACUUUACAUAUUAGUAAAUGGACGGUCAAGAUUACAAAAGUAUAUGGAGCUACCACAAGGGUAUUGUGGUAAUCUCCUCUUUCAUGCAACUUGUGUAGAAAAGGCAGGAGAUAUCACUUGCAAACCAUUGUGGUAUGCUGUAAGUAAGAUUAAUAAAGCAAUUAAAAAAUUGGAUGAUAUUGAGUAUUUGAAAUCAGCAAUUGAUUUUGUGGAAACACAUUCAAAUUUAGAACUUUUGGUUCAUGGGCCACAAACAACUACUAGCCCAAACCUCUCAAUAAAUUCUUGGGCUACGUUGCCUUGUUAUGAGGCUGAUUUUGGAUGGGGUAAGCCUAUAUUUACUGGCAUUAAUGGAAUCAAACAUGAGGGGCAAACUUUCAUAACACCAAGUGAUAAUGGUGAUGGUAGUUUUCUGUGGCUGUCAAGCUUUUCACUACUCAUAUGGAGGCUUUGAAGGAAUACUUUUACAAGUUUAGCAGCAAGCUUUGAAUUUGAAUACUUAUUUGUGAUUUAUUAUUAUUAUUAUUAUUAUUAUUUUAUUCAUUUAUUUUGAACACAUUUAAUUGUGAAUCUAGUAUUACCAUUUUUAAUGAUUUUUGUAAGGUUCGGGAAUGAUUGACUUUUAUCAUGAUACUAUGAAUAAG